AUGAAUAGUGAGAAAUUUAGAAAGAAUGUGCAAAGAGCUGAGAAUGAAGUGCGAGAACUAGUUUCACAAGAAAAGCACAUAGAUACUAUUAACACGUCUAAUGUCAGAACCUACAUAGACAGUCUAAGGAGUGCAAGAAAUAACUAUGUGGUUGUGUUAGACGAAUUUUCUCAGUUCUUGAGCCGAGCAAAUACAACAGAAAGCACCCAAGAAUGCGAGCUGAUUAAUACAAACGCUAGAGCCCAAGAGAGGGACGUGACUCAGUUAGUGGAUCACAUGGCUACAUACAUCGGUACAUCGCGGGUCUCAAGUACACGAACCAGUGCAACAGAGAAAAGAGCACGUGCCGAGGCUGCACGUAUUAGGUUAGAGUAUGCUAGAAAGGAAGCGGCGAUGCAGAAACAGGCAGCGGCGAUGCAGAAUCAGGCAGCCAUUCUCGACGCAGAUUUAGGUGUAUUGCGUGAAGAAAAGGAAGCAAUGGCUGCAGAUAUUGAAGCCAAAUACAUUGAAGAGGCAGAAAAGGGUAUCCCGCCUCUAGAUCUCCCGUUUCAAAACCCAGAUGAAAAAUCGAGAGAGUAUGUUGACAAUCUUGAAUUUGGUGCCAGUGCUAAAAUAAAAGUUGAACCAGGUGUGUACACAGUGCCUCCCGAUCUGAAUCCUGAUCUAAAACCUGUCUCGGUUGGAAAUAAGUCGGGAAAUGAUAUUGACACUCUCACAAUUUUUUUAUUAAGAAAAGAACUGAUGCCAAAGAGACUUCAAAAAUUCAACGAAAAAUCUCAAACAUUUCAUUUGUGGAAAACUUCCUUCAAAACAGUAAUGGCAGAACUUCAAGCUUCACCCGAAGAAGAAGUAGACUUCCUUGUGAGCCAUCUUGGAAAUGAGAGUCGAGUGUGGGCUGAGAGUUUACAUGCAGCUAAUGCAGCAGAUCCACGUCGAGGUUUAGAGUUGAUUUGGGAAAGAUUAGAGCAUUGCUUCGGAUCUCCGGAGAAAAUUGAAGAAUCGUUGAGAACAAGGAUUGAGAAUUUUCCGCAAGUCACUACCAGAGACCUAAGAAAACUCUAUGAUCUAAGUGAUCUGUUGCUGGAGAUUCAGUCGAUAAAGUGUCAAGCCAGAUAUUCGACCCAAUUUUCAAUGUUUGAUUCAUCUGCUGGGGCUAAUCUGAUUGUAACCAAACUCCCGUAUAACAUGCAGCAGAAGUGGAUUGUUCAUGCGUCUAGGUACAAAAAAGACAAGAGUGUCAUGUUUCCACAUUUUGCGGUCCUUGUUAACUUUGUCAGUGAUAUGAGCAAGACCUACAAUGAUCCUGCCUUUCAGUUAACCUCUCUUGGCUCAUAUGAUCAACCUAAGUACAGUCAAAGGCCAUCAAAAGUAAACAGCCCUCGGAUGUCUAACUUCAAGAUGAAUAGAGGUCAAGUCUUGGUGAAUAGGAAAACUGCAUUAAAUGAUAAUAAUAGUGACGUUUCCCAAAAGACUUUUGAAAGCACUGCCAAUGUACGAUGCCCAAUCCAUCACGCAGGACACAGUCUGCUCGAUUGUAAUGCCUUCAAGCAGAAAACCAUGGAAGCUCGUCGUGCCUUUUUAAAGGAAAAGGGCAUAUGUUACAGAUGUCUGAUGAGCAAUGAACACAUGGCAAUGAAAUGCACCAUGUCGAUUAAGUGUGACAAGUGCGGUAAGGGGCACCAAACAAUGAUGCAUAGAGAAAUCACAGCUCAGAUUGGGACAGAAAAGACAGGGGGUGUUAAUGUUACCUCAAAGUGCACAAACCUAUGCGGACUGGGCUAUAAAGGACGAUCAUGUGGGAAAAUAGUGCUGGUGAACGUGUUCAACCGUGAUCAGCCGGAAAAGAGUGAAGUAGUAUAUGCAAUCUUAGACGACCAAAGCAACAGGUCUUUGAUAGCCCCAGAACUGUGCGAUAAGCUGAAUGUUGCGAAUGAGGUCUCCGAGUAUACCCUUUCCUCUUGCUCGGGUAGUGUUGUCAUGGCGGGGAGGCGUGCAACGGGAUUGUCUGUUUCAUCUUUAGAUGGUUUCACUAAACUUGAGCUACCUACCUUAGUUGAGUGUGAUGAGAUUCCCCAAGACAGGUCAGAGAUUCCUACUCCAGAAGUGGCCUUGAACUUCACUCACCUUGAGAAGCUUGCUCAAAGUAUCCCUCCAUUAGAAGAAGAUUGUGAGAUACAAUUGCUGAUUGGGCGAGACUUACCUGCUGCCCAUCACGUCUUAGAUCAAGUGUUGGGGCCCCGAGAAGCACCUUUCGCGGUUCAACUAUCUCUUGGCUGGGUAAUCAUUGGAGAGGUUUGCCUGGGUAAGAUCCAUCAGCCUGACUCUGUAAAAGUGUGCUUUACUACAAUAAGCAAUGAGAAUCGUGGCACUACUUUCAGUCCGUGCGAAUCUUUCUUAAAGGUCAAAGAAAGAGAAAGUGACCUACUGUUCCAGAAGUCACCUGACGACAAUAAAGUUGGUUUAUCGGCUGAUGAUAGAGAGUUCUUGAAGAUGAUGGACAAAGAGUUUACCAAAGAUGAUUCAGGUUUGUGGACAGCCCCACUUCCUUUUCGGACCCUGAGGCCAACUAUUCCAGACAAUAGAGACCAGGCCUUUAAGCGUGCCGUUCUGUUGAAAAGAAGCCUUGCAAAGAACCCUGAAAAGUGCAAUCACAUGGUGCAGUUCAUGCAGAAAAUAUUUGAUAGUGAUGCAGCAAAGAAGGUUUCAGAGAACGAAGAAAAUGGUCAAGAAAGAUGGUACCUACCCCUCUUCGGAGUGUAUCACCCUAAGAAAAGAGAUAAAAUAAGGGGUGUCUUCGACUCGUCUGUUUUCUACAAGGGCUGCUGCUUGAACGAACUGCUGCUUUCUGGGCCAAACCUGACAAAUAGCCUCCUUGGAGUACUGUUGCGUUUCCGUCGAGACAAGUACGCCUUUACAGCUGACAUAGAGCAAAUGUUUUACAGGUUUCUUGUUAACGCAGAACACAGAACAUUUCUUCGCUUCUUAUGGUUUGAAAACAACAACCCAGAGCGACCACUCGUCAUAUACCAGAUGAGAGUGCAUGUUUUCGGAAAUAGGCCAUCCCCAGCUGUUGCUACCUAUGGGCUACGCAAGGCAGUAAAGAACGCUGAACCGGACGUGCAACAGUUUGUACAAAGAGAUUUCUACGUGGACGAUGCGUUGGCCUCCAGGCCAUCACAUGAGGAAGCAGUCGGCCUAUUGAGGAGUACAAAAGAAGCCCUGUCAGAAAACGGCAAGAUCAGGUUACAUAAGAUUGCCUCAAACGACGUUGAAAUUAUGAACAAGUUUCCAAAAGAAGAACUGAGCACAACGUUUAAGGACCUAGACCUAGAUGACACACUUCCAGUACAGCAUAGCUUAGGCUUGACUUGGGAUUUGAACCAGGAUGUCUUUUCCUUUAUAGCACCUGCUGUUGAGAAACCGUUUACCAGACGAGGCCUUCUUUCUACUAUUAACAGUGUUUUUGAUCCGGUAGGUUUCGUAGCACCCUUCACCAUCAGUGGCAAGAUGCUCCUUAGAAAGGCUUGUCCAGACGGUUCAUCCUGGGACGACCCAUUGCCGGAGACACAUGUCAAAGAAUGGGAAUCGUGGAAGACCGUUUUAGAAAAAUUGAAUGGUUACAAGGUUCCCAGGAUGUACAUUUCUGAGUCGCUCAGCUUAGCCAGCGAUUACAAAAUCUGCAUAUUUUCUGAUGCGUCUGAAAGUGCCAUCGCGGCUGCUGGGUAUGUUGUCAUUGAUAGACCCGACAGUUCAAUGAUUGGAUUCAUCAUGGGAAAGGCGAAGCUUGCACCAAAAAACGGGCACAGCAUUCCAAGACUAGAGUUAUGUGCAGCAGUACUAGCUGUGGAAGUUGGCACCUUUAUCGCCGAGCAGUUAGACAUUUUACCUUCUGCAUUCAGAUUUUUUACAGACAGCAAAGUUGUGCUGGGCUACAUCUACAACAGAUCCCGUAGGUUUUACACUUACGUAAGCAACAGAGUAGCGCAGAUUCAUGACUUUUCCAGGCCUGAACAGUGGAACCACGUUGCAACUGAUUUGAAUCCAGCAGAUGUGGCUACUCGAUCUAUUUCAGAUGUUGACAGUGUACAUGUGGCCCUACAAAAGUGGCUUGCUGGACCGACAUACCUUAUUGAAGAAGAGUUUUCCCUCACAGGUCCAAGCAGCUUUCCACUCGAGCUCCCAGACGAAGAUGCAGACGUGCGUCCAGAGGUUGUCGUUAAAACCACAAAGUUAGAAAGCACAUUGCCAUCCAUCCUUGACUCAGCAGAGCGGUUUUCUACAUGGUACAGUUUCAUACGGGCAAUCUGUACUCUUAUCCAUAUUGCUAGGACUUUCGCUGGUCUUACUAUGUGUACUGGUUGGCAUGUUUGCAGAGAAAAUACAGCCCCUUACCUUCAGCAAGAAGCCAAACACCUGAUUCUAUUAAUGCUGCAGAGGAAACACUUUCCUGGUGAGAUCAUCGCCCUACAAAGCAAUGAGCCUAUAUCUAGGAAAAGCAGCAUCAUUUCGCUUUCUCCAUACCUGGAUGGUGACGGCAUGCUGAGAGUUGGAGGUCGUAUCAAAGGGUUAUCAAAGGACCUGGGAAUUGCAUCUGCAAUUCCAUUAUUAGUUCAAAAGGACCGAAUUACCAAGCUGUUGGUGAGUCACUAUCACCGACAAACUUUCCAUCAAGGACGUCAUUUCACAGAAGGAGCCAUACGGUCGAAUGGGCUUUGGGUGAUUGGAGCUAAAAGGUUGGUUUCUUCCAUUAUCCAUGACUGUGUGACGUGUCGGAAGUUACGCGGCUCCUUGUUACUGCAAAAGAUGGCUGAUCUCCCAUGUGACAGACUUAGUCCAGGACCACCUUUCUCUGCAGUUGGGGUAGACGUGUUUGGCCCCUGGGACAUUGUUACGAGAAGAACCCGUGGUGGCAGUGCAAACGGAAAGCGAUGGGCUGUCAUGUUCUCGUGUCUAACAACCCGGUCAACUCACAUAGAGGUCAUAGAAGAUAUGAGCGCAUCAUGUUUCAUCAAUGCUCUUCGCAGAAUGGUAGCCAUUCGAGGGCCAGUUAGAAUAUUGCGCUCUGAUCGUGGGACAAAUUUUGUUGGGGCAGCUGACGAAAUAGGAGCACAUGUCGUAAAUGUAGAAGACCCAACAUUCAGGGCGAAACUUGAUCAGCAAGGCAUAAUGUGGUAUUUCAAUGCCCCCAUGCGUCUCAUAUGGGAGGGGUAUGGGAAAGGGCGAUCGGUGUGGCAGGAAGAAUAUUGGAUGGCAUCCUCUUGA